GAGAGAGGGAGUGCAAUUUAUUCGAGGAGUGCUCACUUCUGGCCAUGAGCAGCUCCGGCCCCAAACACCACUGACUGACUCGCCGACCCUCACCCCCGAGCGAUGCUGUGACUCUCGGCUCCGGAGCCCUUUCCACGCGUCCAACUUCGCGAGUUGCCACUGAGGACCGAAUGCAAAGCGGAGGCUGAGAGCUGCCUGUGGAGUAUGGGUACGACAGCCAGUGCCGCUCAACAGACGGUGCCAGGGUCCCAGCACUGCGACAGCGUCCACAGCAACGGCACAACCGAUAGCAGGAGGUCGGCCAGUGUGAACUCCUUCCAGGCCAUGAGCAUCCACAACAAGGCCAAAUCCAUCAUCACCAAUAAAGUGGCCCCCGUGCUCAUUACGUAUAACUGUAAGGAGGAAUUUCAGAUUCAUGAUGAUUUGCUCAAAGCCAAUUAUUCUCUUGGAAGAAUCUCGCCUAAUUUGCUGGAGCACUACCUGGUGCAGGGACAAUAUUUUAUGGUGCGUGACAUCUACAGUAAGGUCGAUGUCUUGAGCACGACUGGUGAUUAUGGAGUGGCCAACUUCAGGCAGGCCCGGGGUAGCUAUCCGGUGUUCGGACUGGGACAGCCCAGUCUCAAAGGCUUCAAAAGGCUUCUCCAAGUUCUUCAGAAGGAAGGUCACGAGGAAAUUCUGUUUUUCUGUAUCCGGGAGGAACCCAUUGUCUUUCUACACCUGGACGAUGAUUAUGUGCCCUACACUCCGAGAACCAAAGAGAAUCUGCACGAGAACCUGCACCAUUUGGGGAAGGGUCUUCGUGUGGAGAAACUGGAGCUGACCAUCAAGAAGGAGCUCUAUGACUUUGCUCAGUUGAAGGAGAAUGUUUAUUAUGUCUACAACGACAUUGAACACUUUGACGAUGAGCCGCAGAGCAUCAGCAUCUGCUGUGAUGAGGACAUCCGCGUGUCAGACGAGGUCUACAAGAGACCUUUCUUUACGAUGCCUUCAUACAGGUACUAUCGGUUACCACUGCCGGCUGAGGGGGCACCUCUAGAAGCACAGUUUGACCUCUUUAUAAACAUACUCAGGGAAACUCCGAAUCUGUUGCCAGUGCAGAGUUCGAAAAAACCUCCUCCUGCCCUUGUCUUCAGCUGUCAGGUUGGAGUCGGGAGAACCAACUUAGCAAUGAUCCUGGGAACGCUCGUUCUGUAUCAUAGGAGAGGAUCUCCUGACAAAUCAGGAGCUGAGCGGAACACCAGCACCACCAAGCGAGAGCACUUACAGAUUAUCCAAAGCUUUAUCAAGGCUUUACCAAAGCAGGGAAAGCAGAUUGUGGAAGAGGUUGACAAUGCCAUCGCCCUCUGCUCUGAAAUGCACAACAUUAAAGAGGCGAUCUACGAGUGUAAACAGAAGCUGGACGGUAUUGGGGAAGAUUUUCAGGAUCAGGGAAACAGCACCAAAGAAUACUUCCUCCAAAGACUGCUGCAGAGUACGGAACGCUACUUUUACCUUGUUGCUUUUAAUUUCUAUCUUCACGAACAGUACCCACUGGCCUUCCCACUUAACUUCAGUCGAUGGAUCUGCAGGCACCCCUGGAUGUAUAGGAUCUUAGCUUGCAUGAAUACCUCAGAGCUAACAGCCUCAGCUGAUCUGGUGACCAGAGGAAUCAGAGUAUUGACAGCAGACGAUGGUUCCACGCCUGACGUGCUCAGCACAGUUAAAGAGAUGAAAGUGGCCAAUUUCAGGAGGGUUCCGAAGAUGCCAAUCUAUGGGAUGGCACAACCAAGUUCCGAGGCCUGUGGGAACGUCCUGACCUACCUGACGGAUGAGAAGAGGAAACAUUCCAGCGUCCUAUGGGUUAACCUGCGGGACGAAGUGGUGGUGGAAGGCAAUGGCCAAGUGUACACCCUGCGGGAACCCAUCAACUUGGAGCAGCCCAUUGCUGUGCCGUCAGAACUACCAGAGCAACUGGAGAAACUAGAAUCUAACCUUAAAACAGAGAUGCUGAACUCGCAGAAAUGGCUUGAAGUUUGCCUGGAUCAGGAGAAGAAGAUGAAACUGUUCAAGAACUGCCUGACCAUGCAGGAGAUGUUCAACCAGCACAAGAGCUCACACCAAGGCCUGCUCUACAGGCGCAUUCCCAUCUUUGACUGCUGCGCUCCCAGGGAGCAGGACUUUGAUAAGCUGAUGAAAGCCAUGAAGAGUAUUUUGGCUGAGGAUUCUCGUUCUGCGUUUGUGUUUAAUUGUCACAACGGAAAAGAAAGGACCACGAUGGCCAUGGUGAUAUCGGUGCUUUUUCUCUGGCAUUUCCACGGUAUUCCUGAGGUUUGUGAGGACGAGCUGGUGAGCGUGCCUGACGCCAAGUAUACAAAGGGGGAGUUUGAGGUUGUGAUGGAGCUGGUCCGACUGCUGCCAGACGGCCAUCGAAUGAAGAAGGAGGUUGACAUGGCGUUGGACUCUGUGAGCGAAACCAUGACCCCCCUGCAUUACCACCUCCGCGAAAUCAUCAUCUGCACUUACCGACAGAUAAAAACAGCGAAAAGCCAGAAGGAAACGCAGCUUCUGCAGCUCCGCAGCCUCCAGUACCUGGAGCGAUACAUUUACCUCAUUCUCUUCAACACAUAUCUCCAUUUGGAAAAGAAAGAUUCCUGGCAACGGCCCUUCAGUGCUUGGAUGUACGAGGUAGCAGCCAAGGCUGGCGUUUAUGAGAUUCUGAACCAGCUGGGUUUCCUUGAAUUUGAAGACCCGCAAGACACACCACUUUCUGGACUGCGUUACCGUUGGCUGCAACAGAGUACAAAUUCACUUCCUUUCCGAGGGGAGUUCAUUUAGGUUUCUUUUCCUCCCAUUGAGCUGCCAGAUGCCUACUCCUUGGUCAGUAGUUGUACAUUUUAUGUCCUAAAAGACUCCGUUUGACUCUGUUGAGACUUUUUAAAACUGCUUUUUACACUUUUAUAUUACUAGCAAAAUGCUGAUAAACAUGACAAGCCAGGUAGGUGUCAAGUAUUCUCUCUGCCCUACAGAUGUGCACCAUGAAAACGGUAUGGAGACUCACUUCAUUCAGUAGAAAACGACUUAAUAAAGUCAGCUGAGACAUGCAAUAGCUUGCAAACUGCCAAUUUUUCCAUUUUCACCAUCGGACAUCAUCAGAAACCGCUCUGCCUUCAAAGAAGUGUAACUAAAAUGGAAUCACCACUAGUGAAUCCUAAGAUAUUCAACAGUGCUUCCAUAAUAUAAAUAGAAAUAUGUAGUUAUGGGUUAUUGAAUAGACUAAAAGCAUUCAUGACCUGAGUGCUACAACCUUUCAGUACUGAAUAGUUUUCAAUCUUUCUCAGCUGAAUAUCUUCCUUAUUUUUCACCAUUAAUUUAUACCGUAGAGGUUCUGUUCAACUUAAAAUACUAUCUCAGUCAUAUUAUUAUCAAAAUGUUUUGUCAGUUGGUGCGGAAAUGUCAGAUCCAUAAGGUUGUAUAGAACGCUUAAUAUUUGCUUUGUACAUUAAAUGUUGUGGGACAUUCUUUCUAUCGAAUACACUGUACUCAUUUGGCACAGGAACAAGUAGGGUGGUCCAAAUGGACA